AUGUUGAAUAUUGGAAAAUUUGCUAAAAAGACAGUUAUUAUUACUGGUGCAUCUCGUGGUAUUGGAAGAGAAAUUGCCUUAAAAUUAGCAAAAGAUGGUGCUAAUAUUGUAAUAGCUGCUAAAACAGCAACACCACAUUCAAAACUUGCUGGAACUAUUUAUUCAGUUGCUGAAGAAAUUGAAAAAAUUGGUGGUAAAGCAUUACCAUGUGUUGUUGAUGUAAGAGAUGAACAGUCAAUUGAAAAUUGUAUAGCAGAAACAAUAAAAAAAUUUAAUGGUAUUGAUGUAUUAAUUAAUAAUGCUAGUGCUAUAAGUUUAACUGGUACUCUUGAAACAAAUGCAAAGAAGUAUGAUUUAAUGCAUCAGGUAAAUGUAAGAGGUACCUAUCUCAUGUCACAAAAAUGUAUACCACAUUUAAAAAAAUCAAGUAAUCCACAUAUUUUGAAUAUUUCACCACCACUUGUUAUGGAUAAAAAGUGGUUUCAAAAUCAUGUAGCAUAUACAAUGACAAAAUAUGGAAUGUCUAUGUGUGUUUUAGGAAUGCAUGAAGAAUUUAGAGAUUAUAAUAUUGCUGUUAAUGCUCUUUGGCCAAAAACAGCUAUUUGGACUGCUGCAAUGGAAAUGAUAAGUUCUGGAGAAGGUGAAGAAGGCUCAAGGAAACCUUCAAUAUUAGCUGAUGCUGCUUAUGCUGUUCUUUCAAAAAAUUCUUCAGAAUUUACAGGAAAUUUUGUUAUUGAUGAAAAUAUAUUAAGAAAUGAAGGUAUUACUAAUUUUGAAGAAUAUGAAUGUAAACCUGGUGCACCAUUGACACCAGAUUUCUUCAUUCCAGAAGAAGAUCUUAAAUCAUUUGCAAGAGAAAGCAAAUCUGUAACAAAUAUUCAAAAUUUAUCAGAUGCGAUUAAAUUUUUUAACAAAAUAUUAACACCAUCAAUGUGUGAAAAGGUAAAUAAUGUGUAUCAAUUUGUUAUCAAAAAAGAAGACAAAACUAAAUCUUACAUUUUAUUGGAUUUUGUUAACAAAACUGUUGAAGAGAAAAAAAUCGAUGAUGCUCCUUGUACUAUAAUAUUUAAUGAAACUCUGUUUUUUAAUAUUAUAAACGGAAAAGCAUCCAUACAAGAUGCUAUUUUUUCAGGAAAAAUGAACGUAAAAGGAAAUUUAAUUUUAGCCAAUAAAUUAAAAAAUAUUUUUAAAUCCAGUAAAAGUAAGCUUUAA